AAAAGACUCAUCCUGGUGUAGGACACAUGGCACAAGAUACAUCAUUAAAGAAUACCGGCGAGGACUGAGCACAACUUCCAAACAAAGGAAAUGUCCCAGCAAGCAGACGCCUCUCGGUGUGGCGGCGUCAUGGUUGAAUUUGAGUCAGACGACACCCUGGAUUCAAGAGUUAAAAAAGCUAGAAGCAUACCAGGUUCAGCUCUUAUCUACCUCAAGGGUCCCAAGUUUCUCAUCUAUGUCAGUGGAGCGUUGUCAAUGUGGGGUGAUCGCAUGUGGCAUUUUGCAAUUUCUGUGUUCCUGAUUGAGUUGUACGGCCAUAACCUGCUGCUGACAGCUGUGUUUGGAUUGGUGGUGGCCGGCUCGGUGCUCCUGCUUGGGGCUUUAAUCGGAGACUGGGUAGAUCGCAAUCCUAGGAAUAAAGUUGCACAUGCAUCUCUUUUCAUUCAGAACAUCUCAGUGACUGUAUGUAGCAUUGUGCUCAUGUUGGUGUUCUCAUAUAAGCAAAGGAUUGAAGAGAUCUGGGAUGGAUGGCUUACUGUGGUUUGUUAUACGGUGGUGAUCAUCCUGGCAGAUGUGGCAAACCUUGCAAGCACAGCGCUGACCAUUGCCAUCCAAAGGGACUGGAUUGUCGUUAUUACGGGCUACAACCGAGGUCACCUGGCUGGAAUGAAUGCGACCAUGAGGCGAAUAGAUCAGGUGACCAACAUCCUGGCCCCACURGCUGUGGGCCAGGUCAUGACCCUGGCCUCCAACGUGGUUGGCUGUGGCUUCAUCCUGGCGUGGAACCUGGUGUCUCUCAUUGUGGAGUUCUUCUUCUUGUCAAGGGUGUAUCGAAUCGUCCCAGCUCUUUCAGUCAAACCACCAACAGUCGAGACAGAUCAGGUGUAUCGAGAAGGGAGAGAAAGACGAAGGUUGGACGGGGAAGGCAACGUUGCACAACCACAACCCCCGACUGAGGGCAACUGCAGCUCGAAUGUACAUCUUAAAGACAUCACCAACUUGCCGCUGUGUUUCCGGAGGUUUCGCUGGCUGGUGAGCACUUGUAAGGAUGGCUGGAGGGCCUACUAUCACCAGCCUGUCUUUCUGGCAGGAAUGGGUCUGGCUUUUCUCUACACCACAGUCCUCGGAUUUGACUGCAUCACCACUGGCUAUGCCUACACGCAAGGCAUAAGCGGCUCUCUUCUAAGUCUACUGAUGGGCGUGUCGGCUAUCACAGGGUUGAUGGGCACUGUCAUGUUCACCCGACUCAGGAAGACUUGUGGCCUGAUUAAUACAGGCAUCAUCUCCAGCUGCCUCCACCUUGGCUGCUUGUUGCUAUGUGUCUGCUCUGUGUUUGCCCCUGGCAGCCCUAUGGAUCUGAACUUGCUGAUGCCCUACUUAAGCUCUAGUUCUUCUGCUGGGCGUGACAGCAUGGCAAGCCAAAGACAAAAACACCCUUAUCCUCUGAUGGGGGGAAGCAACCAGCCACUGCUUCCUGAUCGCUCCUCCAUCCACUGGACCAACAACACUGUGCUUUUUGACAAUGUGCCAUCUGGAACAACACCAGAAUCUUACAUCUCCAUUAUUCUGUUAUUCUUGGGCGUUAUCACAGCACGUAUUGGUCUGUGGUCCUUCGACCUGACUGUGACCCAGCUACUGCAGGAGACCAUCUGCGAGUCAGAGAGAGGAGUGGUGAAUGGGGUGCAGAGCUCUAUGAAUUACCUAAUGGACCUACUUCACUUCAUCAUGGUGAUCUCUGCCCCACAACCAGAACACUUUGGCAUUCUAGUUAUUAUUUCUGUAUUAUUCAUCGCUUCUGGGCACAGUAUGUAUUUUGUGUAUGCACACAAAGCCAAGAGAAAAGACCGCCUUGGCACAUAGUGAGGAAACGUGGCUUACGCAUCCAGGCAUGAAAAGCUUAUAAGCACUGGAUCCACUCUGCACCUGUGAAAUGAAUGCCUCUCUCUCUCUUGAUCAUAUAUCGCAGCACUUUGCUUAGCCAUUCAUUUCAGCACUGCACAGCAAGCGCCUGUCCCACCUCACUUGCUUCCCUGAACGGAACCGCCGUCAACAUGAACUCAGGUUAAGAAGAGUGGGAGACACAAGUUGAGGUGGCUACAAUAAAUGCACGGAUGAUGCCUCCGGUGGAAGCAUCCGGAUUUAGCAGAACAGGGUUUAAACGGUAAUAGAUAAGGCAUCAGUGCAUUUCUGUGCAAACUCUGCAGAGUCACUGCAGCUGUCAGACAUUCAAACAUGUUUGCUGCCACACAUGGCUUUCUAUGGAUGGAUGGAUGGUUGGAUGGAAUCAGUCAAGUCGACAGUGUGGACAACCCAAUAGGGAAUGAUGUAAAUAAAAAAAUAACAUAAAGACAAAACAGUACUCAAACAAGUGGCAUUGAUGUUACUGAUCCGUCCACUUGGAAAUACUCCAGCAAGUCCAAAAAGGAGGAUAAGGGAACUGUAUGUGAGACUGUCAGAUUUUAAAAGUUGAAAAGCAGUCUCCCCUUUUGUUGGACAAAUGAAAUGACAGAAGCAUUUCUUUCACCUGGUUUGUUUCUCUGUGGAUGAAUCAAGCAAACAUUUGCCUUUUUAAUGCACAUAAAUGUGAAUUAACAUGAUUCUUAUCACAUUACAGCAGGUACUUGAGUCAAAUUUCAGCAGAAUUGUAUAUGGUAAUACUAUAUUUGAUCUUAUGGCUUGUGUACUUAGAUUAGUAUAAAUUUGAUAAACUAUUUCAAUCCCUGAUAGAGUGACCUUAUUAUUUUUAAAUAAAUUUAAGAACUUAAGGUUUUUGUGGCAUGUUUUAAAUCUGUGUUAAGCAUAAAAAGCAAAUGUCACUGCUAUUAGUAAAAUUGUUUUUCCUUUUUGUUCUGUAGUUCUGAUGAACUAAACAUUACUUUACCUCAGCUAAGAACAAAAACACCGUAUUUUACUUAGUAAAUGCAAAAACGUGUUCAUAUUUUUUCAUAUACAAUGACAGUAAGUUUGAAUAUGUGUCAUACAAGUAUCACAUUAAUAUAUUUGUAUAAUUUCUUUGUGAAAUUCCUGUACACAUUGUUCUCAUUUCAAAGCCUGAAACAUUUAUGAAAAUAAAAGUUGACAAAUUAUUUUUGGCGCAAGUCUUGGCUACAUAAAUGUAUGCAAAGCUCUUUUCCCAUCUACCUCCAAUGGUAAUAAAAGAGAUUUUCCCAUCAACUUUGUCCAAAUACCCUUGAAUAAGAUGUAUAAUAUCUAAGAAAUGUAUAGCAGAAUGGUAGUGAAUAAAUUCUAAAUAAUCAGAAUUAAACUGUAAAUGUAACCCAUGACAAAAGUAUCUGGGGUACAAGGACUAUACAGCAGCU